AAAAAAACUGCAGACAAUUAAUUCGUGGCCGGUUUGUUCCAAACAAAACAUCUUAAGGUCUAUUCAUUUGUGUUGCAAGUUAUUUUAACUUGUAAUAAAAUUCUAUUACAUAGCAAAAACGAAACGCCAAAUGUCAAUCACAAAAAACAACACGUGCGUAAACGUCAGUUGUCAAUUGUCACCCGCGUUUUUUGUAGCUUUUUACAAACAAACAUUUGAAACAUUAAAUUUAUACAAAAGUAAAAUUAGUUAUCGAAUUCAACUAUAGUAACGACAAACCAAAAAUGCUGCGACGACAGGCGCGAUUACGCCGCGAGUAUUUAUACCGGAAAUCGGCUGAAGAAAAACAAAAAAGUAUACAAGCUAAAAAAGAUCAGAUCAAACGUAGUCUUGAAGAGAAUAUACCUAUACAUGGUGAUUUACGGAAGGAUGCCAUCGCCUUACAGAAGAGAAUUGAAUAUGAAGAUAAAGGACCGGAAAGAGUGGCGGUAAUCGGAGGAUUCAGUGGUGGGGCAAACACACUCAAUUCACAGGAUGAUGAAUACAGAUAUGCAGGUGUCGAGGAUCCGAAGAUCAUGAUUACCACAUCAAGAGAGCCUAGUGCUAGGCUCAAGAUGUUUGUAAAAGAACUGAGGUUAAUAUUUCCGAACAGUCAGCGUAUGAACAGAGGUGGUUAUGAGAUGUCACAAUUGAUUCAUGCCUGUCGAGCCAAUGAUGUAACAGAUUUCAUAGUUGUACACGAGCAUCGAGGAGUUCCAGACAGUUUGGUAAUAUGCCACCUCCCAUAUGGUCCAACAGCAUCCUUCACAUUAUCGGGUGUUGUGAUGAGACAUGAUAUACCUGAUAUAGGACCAAUGAGUGAACAGUAUCCACAUCUCAUAUUCCAUAACUUUAAGAGUAAUCUUGGUUUACGUACAAUGAGUAUAUUAAAGUACCUGUUUCCUGUACCAAAACCCGAUUCAAAGAGAGUUAUAUCAUUUGCGAACCAUGAUGAUUACAUAUGCUUCAGGCAACAUACAUAUAAAAAGGCAGGCAAGGAUAUUGAAUUAACAGAAGUGGGUCCACGUUUCCAAAUGAGGUUAUAUGAGAUCAAGCUCGGCACCCUGGAAUCCCUGACGGCCGCCGACACCGAGUGGGCGCUCCGCCCCUACAUGAAUACGGCUGCCAAGAGACGCUUCCUCAGUGAUGAUGAUGGAUGGCAACAAGAUGAAUAAAUAUUUUGAUAUAUAA